GAAGGGCAGAAAUCCAGAGCAAAAGGUGUGGUUUUUAAAUUUGGGUUAAGGAGAGGAAACACCAAACUGGAUGUGGACAUCAUGAAGACAGGACACAUCGAGCCCAGGGGGGAUUCAGAGUUAAUAACCCAUGCAGAGCUAGGAUUCAUCUGAUUUCCUUUUCAAGAUGACUACAUGGAAAGAAAGAAACUUUCUAUGUAAGGACAAAUAUGUAUCAUGGCCAGGAUUUUCUCCAAGACCCUAUCAUAAACUGGCUGUUGAAAGACCACCACAUACAGAUGCCAAAAUCAAGGUUUGCCAGAAAAUGCGUUGCCCAGUUGAAGAAGGUGCCCAGUGGCAUGUGUGGGGCUAUCAUACAUGGUUGGAUGUGGGAAGGUUGCCAGCUAUCUAUCGCCCAAGACCUGACAAGCCUUUUGACAGCAACACCUGGCGAUGGAUUACUGCUCCAAGAAAAGAUUCAAUGGCUGAGCCACCAGUGCCACCUCCUUCACAGCUGGAUGGGAACACCUAUGUGAAAUUUAUCGAAGGGGAUGCAUUGUUUGUGGAUCAGAGACACAAACAAAGAGUUCUGACUAGAACAAAGAAUGAAAUAAAGAAGUGUGAGCAACUCAAAAUAAGGAGUGAAUGUCGAGCUCCUCCUCUAGACAAUCAGGGAAAUAUUGUGCCUCCCAAAGAUUUCACACGAUAUAAGCAUCUGCUUCAAGGAAAGGGCCCAGCAUCACUGUGUGUUCAGCUGCAACCUGUCAUACCCCCUUCUAGAGACUGUUGGGACUAUCCUUGUCCAGAUCUUGAACCCCAUUACCAAGAAGCAGCCGUCAAGUUUGCUCUGAAGAACAGCAGUCCAAUCUACCAGCAAGUGGUUGAAAAAUACCAGAAACUGGCCUUAUCUGGGAGCAAGAUAAGGCCUUGUACACCUGUCAGCUAA